AUGAUCACCCCUCAGUUUGAGCUUGUUAACCACCGAUCGGCCUCUCCACUCCGGCCACUGUCAGGCAAGCGCUCCACGUGGCCAGCACCAGGCUUGGGGUUUCGGGCCCUGACACAGAAUAGGGAAGAGGGGGCGAAAAGCCCGGACAAAAGUCUGCCCAGGGCUCAGGCGCCGCAGGGGCCAGCUCGGGUGGGCUUGAGCCUCCGGCCGCUGAUUGGCUGUCCGCGGCCUCCGGUGAUUGGUCGCCGCCGCGAGGGCCGCCGGGACUGGCACGCGGCGCCUGCCCUCGCACGGCACCGAGAGGAGGCCAUGAUGGCGGGUCACCACCGUGAACUUCAGUGUGGACAUGCUUUUUGUGAACUGUGCUUGUUAAUAACUGAAGAAUGCAGCACAAUUAUAUGCCCUGAUUGUGAGCUUGCUACAAUUGUAAAUACAAAACAAGGAUACUACCCAAUAGAUGGUUGUAUUGAAGAUUCUUUUGUGGAAAAACAGCAACCUAAAAUGGUAAAGAAUCUUUCUCAAGACUUUAAAAAGACUGCUGAUCAGCUAACUAUCGGUUUAGAACAUUCAACGUCCAUACACAAGACUGCUUUGAACUCAUCUGCUGUAGUGUCGGAGACUAAAACUGCAGAAGAAAUUGAUGAAGCAUUGAAGAUAGCAGGAUAUAAUUUUGAACAAUUAAGCAUUGCUGUAAAAAUGCUUGAACACAUACAGAAUCGAACAAAAGAGGAGACAGACAGUCUUACAAAGGUUGUGGAGAAACAGUUUGAUCAACUUUUUGCUUCUCUUGAUUCCAGGAAAAAGAACCUAUGUGAAGAACUUGUAAGAGAUACAGAUCAGUAUAUAUCAAAUUUAGUAAUGGCAAAAAGCUACAUUGAAGAGAAAAAAAAUGAGUUGGAUGCAGCUAUGAAGAUAGCAAGAGAGUUAAAAUCAGCACCUUCUCUGAGGACAUAUUGUGACCUGAAUCAGAUUGUCCGGACUUUGAAGAUAACAUGUGAGAGUGAAUUGUCACAAGUUAGUUCUCUAACACGAAGGAACCCUCCCAGGUUGAAUAUGAAUUGCAGUGAGAUCAUCUGUAUGUUCAACAAUAUGGGAAAGAUUGAAUUUGAGGACUCCACAGAAUAUUUUCAAGAAAAUGAAAUUGGACAGAAUGUUCAAAAGAAAUAUAAUAAUAAAAAGGAACUUUCUUGUCAUGAUACAUACCCAUCACUAGAAAAGAAAGAGGUUAACGUGUCUGUCCUAACCAGUGAAGCACCACCUUUGCAACUGGAGACCAAUGAUGUACAUUUAGAAGGGAAAAACUUCCAGCCACAGAAAGAGGUUGUUGCAACGACAUCCCCUAAAACCAUUGCUGUGCUACCUGAAAUGGGAUUUAGCCCUGAUGUGAUAAUUGAAGAAAUUAUUGAAGAAAACCUGGAAACAUGCUUCACAGAUUGUCUUAUGGAGACACCUACAUAUCCAAAAAAGCCUCUUCAGAAAAAGUCAUCUGUUCCUUUUGGAUCAAAAGCAGAUUCUCCAGAGCUAGUUUUUGUUAGCCACGUAAUACAUCCUUGCCACUUCUACAUUCGGAAGUAUUCACAAAUAAAAGAAGCAGCAGUAUUGGAGAAGAAAGUGAAUGAAUUUUGCAAUAAGAGUUCACAUCUCCAUCCUUCAGACAUUUUGGAGCUAGGUGCAAGAAUAUUUGUCAACAGUACUGAAAACAGAAUGUGGUGUCGAGGAACUAUCACUGAAUUAAUUCCAAUAGAAAGUAAAAAUAUUAGAGAAUCUUGUGGCCCGACCAAAUUCUCAGUCCGUGAAGUUGCACUAAUUCAGAUAUUUAUGGUAGACUUUGGAAAUUCUGAGGUCCUAAUUGUCACAGGAGUUGAUGAUACCCAUGUGAGACCAGAACACAUUGCUGAGCAGCAUAUUGUGCUAAAUGACUUAUGUCUAGUUCUGAGGAAGUCUGAACCAAAUAUUGAAGGACUGCUGAAGGAAAUCCAGCCAUUAGCACAACCAUGCUCAUUGAAAGACAUUGUUCCACAGAAUUCAGAUGAAGGCUGGGAAAAGGUAGCUAAAGUGGAAUUUUUGAAAAUGGUAAAUAACAAGGCUGUAUUAAUGAAAGUUUUUAGAGAAGAAGAUGGUGUGCUUAUUGUAGAUCUGCAGAAACCACCAACAAAUAAAAUAAGCAGUGAUAUGCCUGUGUCUCUUAGAGAUGCAUUAGUUUUUAUGGAACUAGCAAGGUUUAAGUCACAGUCACCAAGAAGUCACUCUGAAAAAAAUAUGACUUUAUGCUAUCAUCCACCUAUUUUGCCUAAAGAAAUGACAGAGGUUUCAGUUAUGGUUUGUCAUAUAAAUAGUCCUACUGAUUUCUAUGUUCAGUUGGUAGAGAGCCUGGAUGUUUUAUUUUUAUUAAAGAGAAUUGAGGAAUUCUAUGAAAGUAAAGAUGGGGAAAAUCUGGAAGUUCUUUGUCCAGUUAAAGAUCAAGCCUGUGUAGCUAAAUUUGAAGAUGGAGUUUGGUACCGAGCAAAAGUCAUUGGAUUGCCUGGACAUCAGGAAGUUGAAGUUAAAUAUGUAGACUUUGGUAAUAUCGCAAAAAUAACGCCUAACAAGAUGCGUAAAAUAAAAGAUGAGUUUCUGAAUCACCCAGAGAAGGCAAUUAAAUGUAAGUUGGCCUAUAUUGAACCAUGUAAAAUGACAAUGCAGUGGUCCAAAAAAGCUACGGAAAAAUUUGAAGAAAAGACUCAAGAUAAAUUCGUGAUAUGUUCAGUUAUUAAAAUUCUGGAAGAUAAUGUGCUCUUGGUUGAGCUUUUUGAUUCUCUUGGUGCUCCUGGAAUGGUUCCUGUUAGUAUUAAUGACCAGCUAGUCAAAGAAGGCCUAGCAUCUUAUGAAGGAGGAUACACCAUCAAAAAUAAUUCUAAAAAGCAUAUUGAAGUAUGGGAUCCUUCUCCAGAAGAAAUUAUUUCAAAUGAAGUAAACAACUUAAAUCCUGUGCCUGGAAAAUCCCUACCCAAUGAGAAUUUCCAGUCACUUUACAAUAAGGAACUGUCUGUGUAUAUCUGUAAUGUAAUAUCUCCUGAGAAGAUUUAUGUUCAGUGGUUAUUAACAGACAACUUACUUAACAGUUUAGAAGAAAAGAUGAUAGCUGCUUAUGAAAACUCAGAAUGGGAACCUAUUAAAUGGGAAAAUCGUAUGCACUGUGCUGUUAAGAUCCCAGAUAAAAAUGAGUGGAGAAGAGGCCAGAUCAUCAGAAUGGUUACAGACACAUUGGUAGAGGUCUUGCUGUAUGACGUGGGUGUUGAACAAGUGGUGAAUAUUAACUGUUUAAGAGAACUUCAAGAAAAUCUGAAGACAAUGAGAAGGUUAUCUUUGGAAUGCUCUCUUGUUGAUAUAAGUACUACUUAUGCAGAAAACAGCACAACAUGGCCAUUACCUGUGAAAAUUUUCUGCAAAGAUGAAAAAGGAGAGCGUGUUGAUGUUUCUAAGUAUUUGAUUAAAAAGGGUUUGGCUUUCAGAGAAAGGAG